UUCUUUUUUUGUGAAUGAAAAGCGAAAAGGCAGCGCGUCGUGUGCGGGCAUCUGCGCGUGGACCUCAGGCACUCAUCUUGCCCCUUGCUUGGUGCAGGUGGCACCGGACCCAUUGGAAGAUUAUGACUUUGGACAGAGAUCUAAUGGAGCCCGAAAUCGACGUGGAGGGAGACGGUCGAAAAGAUGCACAAAAUCAGGAUUACGCACUGGUGCCCGAUUUGGAGCAACGCUCUGAGCUCCCUUCUCAAAUACAAACUGGUGAGGACGUGGAAGCCAGUGGAAGCUCUCACCUCAAGUGUUUGUCAGGAACAGGACGAAAUGCGGCUUGUGUCAAGCCCCCAUACUCCUACAUUGCUCUUAUCACCAUGGCAAUCCUUCAAAGUCCGAAAAAGCGCCUUACGCUCAGCGAGAUAUGCGAUUUUAUCAGUCACCGUUUUUCCUAUUACCGAGAAAAGUUCCCGGCGUGGCAAAACUCCAUUCGCCAUAACCUGUCCCUCAACGACUGCUUUGUCAAAAUGCCUCGGGAGCCCGGAAACCCUGGUAAGGGAAACUACUGGACUCUAGACCCAAUGUCAUCCGACAUGUUCGAAAACGGGAGCUUUCUACGGCGGAGAAAGCGCUUCAAGCGUCAGCAUUUCCGAUUUGGAAUGAUAAAGGACACCGCGCUUUUCCCCAGCGCGAUGCCCAGUUUCCCAUUCUACAGAGCGCAUGGACUAGGACCAUGUUUCCAAGCACCCAGUGUGGACCAGUACCACCACCUUGAAUUAAAAAAUUACUCGGCUCCUACCCCUAGCAUACCUCCGGUAAGCAGCAUCUUGCCUGCGCUGUCAUCACUGUUUUCCAGGACGGAUGCUGGCCAAAAGACGUUCCUUUCAUCUCAGACUUUAACCUUUGACAGUUUGUAUAAGGCGCACUGCUUCACGAUGCCUCCGACUUCGCUUCCCAGUUCCCCGUUUCUGUCUCCAGCCUCGCUUCAUUCCAUGGAACCCCCGCAUCCCCUGAACCUGAAUUUGGAGUACCACAAAUUACGUCCUUUCACCACUUCUAGCUUUUCAAACAAACUCUUGCAACAGCCUGGUAAAUAAUAUUCCAACUAUUGACCGUGGAUAAAGUGGAUUUACAGGCACUUCUCUAGACUACUGCCUCUUUAGUUUCACAAUAAUUCUGAUUGGUUUCUGGUAUAUUUGUAUUUUGAAUAAACAUUUAUUUUAAAUUUGUAAAAGUAAUUUAAGGUGCCAACAUUAACUAAAACUAUCAAAAACGGCAUUGAUGGAAUACGGACAUUUAAAAGGCCUGUGUCCAUGCGUCUUGCGACGAACUCUGCUUUAUUUUCUAAUUAAGAGUUUUGAUGUGCUUAAUAUGAGUUUAUUUGAAUCCUUUGGAAAUAAUAUCUUACUGAAAGAACAUUCAAAUGUCUCGAUAAAAAGUUACUAUUUUGCAGAUUAGCAUUGCUCCUGUUUGAGCAAUUACAUGAGUAGGCCUAUUGAUGUUCAAUUGCACUAUUUGUGGUUUUAUGACUUUUGUAAUCCAAGUAAGCUUUUUAGUGGUCUAUUUAGCCUACAAUUUACUCAUUAUCAGCAACACAUUUAUAUGCACUUACAGAGGAAAUGAAGAGGCACUUUGAAAGCAGGGAAAAACAUGCUGUAUUAAACUGUCAUACUUCAA